AUGGCUUCUAAAAGUGAAGCGACUGUAAAACUUGCAGGAGAUAAGUACCGGUCUUUCUUGCAUGAGGAAGCAGAUAACGUCCACUGGAGACAUGGUGGGCCUCCCAUAUACGACGAGGUGAAUCAGCUCUUCGAACAAGGCCGAACCAAGGUAUGGCCAGAAGGAUCCCUAGAAGAGACGGUACAGAAUGCUAUAAAGUCAUGGGAAAUGGAGCUUUCUCAUAAGACUCGCCUACAAGACUUCAAGACCAUUAACCCACAAAAAUUCAAGCUCAUUGUCAACGGAAGAGAAGGAUUGGCAGGAGAAGAAACUCUGAGGCUUGGAAGUUACAACGCUUUGUUGAAGAAUUCUCUGCCGGAGGAAUUCAAAUACUAUAAAGCAGAGGAAGAGAGCUUUGAAUCGUCUCACGAUGCCUUUCGAUCGGCUUUUCCUCGUGGAUUUGCAUGGGAAGUACUCAGUGUCCAUUCUGGACCCCCAUUGAUUGCUUACAAGUUCAGGCACUGGGGCUUCUUUGAGGGGCCUUUCAAAGGACAUGCCCCUACUGGAAAGAUGGUUGAGUUCUACGGAAUGGGAAUUUUGAAGGUUGAUGACUCUCUGAAAGCAGAAGAUGUUGAAGUUUACUACGAUCCAGCAGAGUUGUUUGCGGGUCUGUUGAAGGGACCACCAGUGUCUGAACCACAAGAAGGGGAUGAAACUUCAACCUCUACUCUUGGCUGUCCAUUUCACAAAUAG